GCGAGUGGAGAUGGUAAAGACGUCUGGGACUAUAGCAAACGUGAGGCCAUUUUGGUUCUAAUCAAAGUGAAGUUCCAACAUGCUGUCAUCGUGGCUGUGGACUUGAGGGCAAUGGCGGGCUCGUACAUCGCUUUGCAGACAGCGAAGAAGGUGAUUGAGAUCAGUCCCUACCUGCUGGGCACCAUGGCGGGCGGCACGGCCGACUGCAGCUUCUGGGACCGUCUGCUGCUAGCCCGGCAGUGCUGCAUCUACGAGCUACGCAACGAGGAGCACAUCUCUGUGGCUGCCGCGCCCAAGCUGCUGGCUAACAUGGUGUACCAGUACAAGGGCAUGGGCCUCAACAAGGGCACCAUGGUAUGUGGCUGGGACAAGAGAGGGCCAGGGCUCUACUAUUUGGACUCCGAGGGCAACCGCGCGUGUGGACCUGUGGGCUCGGGCUCCUUUUACGCCUAGGGGGUGGUGGACAGUGGCCUGCGGCACAACCUGACCAUCGAGCAGGCCUGCAACCUCCGCCGCCGGGCAAUCUACCAGGCCACCUACCGUGAGGCCUACAGCGGCGGGUAAGCGGGUAAUCUGUACCACGUCCACAGCAGUGGAUGGGAGAUUGUGUUCCAGGAGGACGUCCUGCGUCUCCACCAACAGUACCAGGGACAAACCGCAUAA